AAGUUUGGAAAGCAGAUUCAGAAGCGGCAGCUCGAGGUCCCCGAGUAUGCUGCCAGCUUUGUGAAUUACAAGGCUUUGAAGAAGCUGAUCAAGAAACUAUCCGCCACCCCAACCCUCGGUGCACAGAGUGAUCCUCACCGCCUGCCCGAGGUUAUCGACUCCCAAGCAGCCCUCCAGGCCAACAAAGCAACUUUCUUCUUCCAAUUAGUAAGAUGAAUGCAGACUGCCGUUGUCGUUGCUAUGAGCCUGUCUCAGGGCUUGCUAACCCCAGCACAGGAACGGGAAUUAGAAAAGGUCAAUGCCUUCUACCUCCAAAAGGAGGCCGAGCUGAAAGUCCGACUGAAGAUCCUUCUCGACAAGAAAAAGGUCUUGCGUUCCCGAAACAAUGGCGUUUCGCGGCGUUCCGCCAAGUUCACCACACUCCAAGAAGGGUUCCAACAGUUCGCCAACGACCUGAAUAAGCUGCAACAGUUCGUCGAGAUCAACGGCACUGCCUUCUCCAAGAUCCUCAAGAAAUGGGAUAAGACGGCCAAGUCAAAAACGAAGGAGCUGUAUCUGUCACGAGCAGUGGAGGUGCAACCGUUCUUCAAUGCCACCGUCAUCAGCGAGCUCUCCGACCAGGCCACCACUAGCUUACAGGAACUGGGUGCGUGGGCCGAGGGUGAUAACGUGAGCUUUGACGCGAGGCCAGACCAUGUUGUGAGCAGUCAACACCUCUUGGGAACCGACGAGGGCGAUGCCGAUACCAUCCUCCUCGAGACAGUCCUCGCUGGCAACCUCGACUCCUUGCGGGACUUGCUGGGCCGAAUGCGGACCGCCGCAGACCCGGACAACACGAUGGACAUUUCUCUCAUGGAACGCAUCACCCGGACAUUCCUCGCUUCGAUUAACGAGGGCCCACAUGAAUCCCUCAAGGUCCUGCUUGAAACUGGGCUGGUGGAUGUCCAGUCCGAGGACGAUAUCAACGGACGCAACUGCCUCCACCAAGCGACGAUUUACGGGAACACCUUUGUCCUCAACUGUGGCCUGUCCAGGGGCGUUGCUGUCACUCGGACGGACGUGUAUGGACGGGUACCGCUUCACUACGCCAGCAUGCAUGGAAGACUCGAUAUGCUGGAUGACCUCUUAUCUGUUGACCCAAAGACGAUCGACCUGAUCGACCAUGACAACUUCACCCCCUUGAUACAUGCCAUCAUCCAUGGACACUUUGAUUGCGUCGAGUGGUUGCUCUCGAAAUCGGCUCGGAUAGAUCCAGUUUCAGAAACCGACCACGUCCCUCUAAACCUCGCAUGCGAACACGGCUCUGUCGCCAUUGUGGAAUUGCUUCUGAAGCAUGGAGCUCGCAUCCUCCCUGACGCUGAGGGGCUUUUCCCACAACACCUCGUCGCCCGGUCGGGACAGACACCGGAAUUACUCCUGCUCCUGAAGAAUUACGGCGCGGACCUUGACCAAGUCGACAAGCUGUACGGCUGGACGCCGCUCGUGCAUGCGGCUAGCGAGGGCAAUGUGCCCUGCCUUCAGGCGCUGUUGGACGUCGGCGCGGAUGCCAACAUUCUGGACGAGAAAGAUCUCCCCGCCAUGUACUACGCCGCAUGGGAAGGUCACCUAGAAUGCAUGAGGCUCCUCACCCCUUUCAACAGAGGGAAAGCGGCGAGUCCAUUAGCGUCGCAGAUUGGAGGCCCUCUUGCGCCAAUGGAUGGUAGCAGCGCUCCCCUGCCCAUGGCUCUGGACCCGGAUGCGAUUCCCAUUCUCGAACUCCCGCCGCCGAUCAUCCCUCUUCGGCGAUACGGCCACAAUUUCCUCGAUACCAAGACCGUGGUUCAGAUCAGCUUCGAAGAAGCCGGCGAACAGCCGUUGAUAUUCUUCCACGACAGCAAAUAUCCCGCUGCUCGCCUCACCAUUUCAUCCAAAGUCUCCGACCUGAUUCCCAAGAACAUCAUGCUUCCCUUCCAAGAAGAUACCCGACUCGUUUCGUUCCAGAUCGACAACCUCGAAUCCUUCACACUCGACUUUGACGUCUUCCCCACCUACGGAGCAAAGAUCAUUGCCAAGACGGUGGCCCUGCCCAACACAUUCCGUGCACUGCUCAGCAGCUCGGGGAGCUGCUGUCUCCCCUUAUUUGAUCCGCGGCUGCGAGCCAUCGGCCAGAUCAGCUUCCAUACCCAGGUGAUCAAGCCCUUCCGGGGAACGCCGCUAGAGAUUACGGACUUCGAGACGUACUGGAAAGCCACCAGCCAGUUCGACGCGAACCCAAACACGUUCGUGACCGGGUCGAGCCUGUCGGGUGACUUCGUCCGUCUCUAUGUCCAGCAUACCAGCGACGGCGUCCCGAUAUUAUGGCCGACGUGGACGGUCGGCUGGGGAGGCGUCGAGGUGCCGGUUGCGCGGCUGACGUUGGAGCAAUUCAGCACCAUCACGGCGCAGUCCAGCGGCCGCGGCGCGCUCGGGUCCCUCCCGUCGUGCACGUCGGAUGAGAUGGUAGACGUCUACCGCGUCCUGGCCACGGCCGGCAUCAGCCUGCACGAGGCGCUGUCGCUCCUGCCCAACGGCAUGCACGUCAACAUCCAGGUCCUGCACCCGACGGCCGACGAGGAGCGGACGAUGCGCCUGGGCCCCAGCGCCGACGUCAACGCCUUCGUCGACGCCGUCCUGGCCGUCGUCUUCGACCACGCGCGCGCCCAGCGCGCCCAGUCCCCCGACGCCGUCCGCUCCGUCGUCUUCAGCUCCUUCCACCCCAGCAUCUGCACCGCGCUCAACUGGAAGCAGCCAAACUUCCCCGUCUUCCUGUGCAACGAUCUGGGCCGCCAGGACAUGACCGCCGCGCCCGACGAGCUGCAGAGCAGCGGGAGGAGGACCGCCUCCAUCAAGGAGAUUGUCAGGACUGCGCAGAGCAACAACUUUAUGGGUCUGAUAUGUUGCUCUCGCUUACUGGAUAUGGUCCCAGCUCUCAUCGACGCCAUCAAGUCGCAGGGCCUGGCCCUGGUCGUGGACAAGUCGGCAGAGAAGCAGCCCGAGGCCGGCCCGCUGGCCGAUCCCUACCCGAGACUACCAAAGGGGGUAGAUGGGCUUCUGAAAGGGAACGGCGUCUUGCGAUUCAGCGAUUCCAUAGAUGUGUAAUUCGGCCUGUCCUGUCACCUAAAAAAUGUCAAAAAGCUUGUCGUUAUUGCAGGUUGCUUCAACAUCUGCUGCGAAAGGCAAAGCAUCCGUGGCGGGAGUGUUGGGAGGAGGGAAGGGACUCGGGCGGGAUGUUGGAGACUUUGCAAAUAUUGUCCUCCUGUCUUGAUUACAGUUCGGGUGGACUACCUAAAUAUGCCAGGGAACCAACCGACCGUAGGCAAAAGAUACAAGGCCCCAAGCCAACACCAGUAAUACCUGCGCCAUGAACCUCCCAACCCCAACAUGUGACGAACCCACCCUCCAUCUAAGCACCCUUGUACCCAUACCUCAACCCACCCAGCUCCCUCUCAGGAUCCACACUCGCCA